AGAGAGUUUUUAGGAGUCUGUUAUUGGUCUGUAGCCACUAGUGUGAAGCUAGGCAGGAUGAGUGGUCAGGACCUCGUCACUUUGAAUGUGGGAGGGAGGAUAUUCACAACAAGGCCCUCUACCCUCAAGCAGUUCCCUGCCUCUCGCUUGGCAGGCAUGUUAGAUGGCAGAGACCAAGAGUUCAAGACAGUUGAUGGCCAGAUUUUUGUGGACAGAGAUGGUGCUUUAUUUAGUUUCAUUUUAGAUUUUUUGAGAAAUCAUGAGCUUCUGUUACCCUCGGACUUUGCAGACCAUCAUAGGCUUCAGAGAGAGGCUCUUUUCUAUGAACUUGAUUCUCUUGUUGAUCUCUUAAGCCAAUUCCUGCUCCAAUCAAGAUCUGCUGUCAUGGAGGUCCAUUUCCUAAACCAAAAUACUCAAGCCUUCUUCAGAGUGUUUGGCUCUUGCAGCAAAACAAUCGAGAUGCUAAGUGGGAGGAUUACAAUGUUUGUAGAGCGACCCACAGCACUGACCGGGAACAGGAACUCCCCUCUGGCUUUACCUCCACAAAGACCUUCUCACCACGAUCUGCUUUUCCACUGUGGCUCCGAUGGCGCUGCUGAGAACCAAGCUGGAGUCAGGUAUUUUGAAUGCUGAAGCAUCUCUUCUAUUCAAGUACAUUUCCAUAAAGCCUGAUAAUCGAAAAUUGGCCAACGGAACAAAUGUCUUGGGCCUACUGGUGGACACUUUAUUAAAGGAAGGCUUUCAUCUGGUCAGCACUAGAACACCAGCCUCUGGAGAAAAAAGUGAAUGCUAUGUCUUUGAAAGGAUAACAACCCCUCAAGUCCUUGGGAUGAGUAAAACACCCAAAUCAGAAACUACCACCAUGCCAGCGCCGUCUCAGAAGUGACACUGUUCUUUGGACAUUCCAUAUCGGGGACUGUCUGUCAGAUCUGUACUGUGUAACUUUGGGUUCCUCGAGCAGUGCUUAAAGCCACACUGCCUCUUCUCUCAAAUCAGCAUUGGACUUUGUGCUCUGGCCCUUGCUUCUUUCGCCAUGAACUCUCAUAGUUUUUAGAAAUGGGCCCUGGACUUGGACUGUGUCUAAUCCUAGUUUAGUCAUUUAUUAGCUAUGUGACUUAAUUGAGACAUUUAACAUUUCUGUGUUUUAAUUUUUAUCUAUUAACUAGGGACAAAAAAAAAGUAACUCCUCAAAGGAGACAAAGUUCUCAUUAUGUUGCCCGGCAUGUGGUAGGCAUUCAGUAACUGUUAUUAAUGAUAAUGAUCAUGGGUCACUUGCUUUCAAACCCAUCUCUUCUCCAGGGCCUUGUUUUCUCCCUUGCCUUUUGCUUCUCUGCAGUGUCAGUGCCUUAGCGUUCUAUUGUUAUAAGAAGACACCUUGACCAUGGCGAUGUCAUGUUCUUAUCAGGAAAACAUUUAAUUGUGGCUGGCUUACAGUUCCAGAGGUUUAGUUCAUUAUCAUCACAGUGGUAAGCAUGGCAGUAUCCAGAUAGACAAGGUGCUGGAAGAGCCAAGAGUUCUACAUCUUGAUCCUUAGACAACAGAAGGAAACUGUGUCACCCUGAGCAUAGCUUGAACAUAGGAGACCUCAAAGCCCGCCUCCAUAGGGACAUGCUUCCUCAAACAAGGCCACACCUCCUAGUAGUCCCUACUCCCUAUGGGCCAAGCGUUCAGACACAUGAGUCCAUUGGGAGCCACACCUAUUGAAACCACGAGUCAGUGACUGAACCCUCAGGCAUACAAAGCCCUCUAUGACUAUGAUUGUACCCCUCAGCAGAUGAUCCUUCUGUAUAGACACAUAUUAUCAUAAAACCAGGUUUCCCUCAAAAAACCAAU